AGCUCAUAAACGGACUCCAUUUUACAAUCUGUCUCAUUCGCGCUUCGGAGCAGCAGCAGCAGCAGCAGGAGGUUGUGGUCUCGAAAUUGUGGUGAAGGCCGAAAAACACAAGAAAGAUGUCUGACGAAGGCAAGCUCUUUAUCGGUGGCCUCAGCUAUGACACCACUGAGCAAUCACUGGAGGAGGCCUUUUCCAAGUAUGGAACAAUUGCAAAAGUCGACGUUAUCAGAGAUCGUGAGACAGACCGGUCCAGGGGCUUUGGAUUUGUUACAUUUGAAAACCCAGAUGAUGCCAAAGAUGCCAUGGCUGCAAUGAAUGGAAAGUCUAUUGAUGGACGGAUGAUUCGUGUUGAUGAAGCUGGCAAAUCUGGUGGCCGGUCCGGUGGCUUCAGAGGUUCUGGUGGUGGCAGAGGAUUCUUCAGGGGAGGCAGAGGAAGAGGUGGUGGUGGAUAUGGUGGAGACAGGAGCUAUGGAGGUGGGGAUCGGGGAUAUGGCAGUAGCGAUAGAAGCUAUGGUGGUGACCGUAGUUAUGGAGGUGGGGAUAGGAGCUAUGGCAGUGGUGGUGACAGGAGUUACGGUAGUGGUGGUGGUGGCGGCUACUUCAACAGGAGUGGAGGCUACUCGGGUGGUGGAGGAUACAGAGACAACAGGAACCAGGGUGGUUAUGAACGAUCUGGAGGAUCUUACAGAGACGACUAUGACAGCUAUGCUGCACACGAGUAAAAAAAAUUCCUGAUUCCAAGACCAUCCCUUCGCUGGCUGUAUUUAAGAUGUGCUCUUCGAAGAACUUUGAUUUUCACUUUGUUUAAUUUUGAGUGUCUACUACUCUGCAACUUAAACCAUACUGAUAGCAUCUUGCAGUCCUUUUUUAAUUUUUUUUAUUUUCGAGUUUGAGCUACCCUGCUCUCUGAGAGGAGGGCUUAAGUCAUUCUUGGGCAUUUAAUUGCUGUAAAUGUUAAAGCUCAUUUAGAUUACUUGUACAUACAGUUGUUCCAUGAGAAAACAUGGGUUUUCUUUCCUUUUGUAUCUGUAAUGAAGUCUCACUGUUUUGAACCAUGUGUGAAAUCUCUGACCAGUUCAGCACAGCCUGAUAGCUUCUCAGAUCAAUUGACGGGGAAACUUUGGACCAAUUUCCAGUUUAAAAUGGCUCUGGGUGGGGGCAAAGGUGGGCGUCAAGCAGAAUUUUACUCGGAAGUAUCUGUCUCUAAAAAAAUAAAAAUAAAAUGAACCAUAUCAUUCCUAAAAGAAGCUUGCCAAGCUGUGAUGUGCUCUUGGGGGUGACUUGCAUCCUUGGUGUUGCAGAAGACUUGUAAAUGUUCAGUAUCCAAAGAGUGAACUACUUUAAUGGCUGAUGCCUCCAGUUGAUCAUGAAGUUGAAUGAUCUUCUCAGGGUGGCCUGAGGUACUUUACUCUUUGAGAGGUUUGAAUAUUAAAAAGUACUCUUUAUGAACGUAAUUUAAAUCGAACUCUUAAUGUCAAUUUUGUUCCCUCUGGUGGGAAAACUGUGCUCUGUUCUGUGUACCAACACCUGCAAAUUUUUUGUUCCUUUUUGUAAAAAAAAUUUGGCUUCAUGAAGCCCAUUAAACAAGUUGCUGAACAUG